AUGUCUAAAACAUUUCAAAAGUUAUCUGUGAUUAAGAAGACAUCCAAUUUUCGAGAAGCUGUAAAAGUGGUGUCUGUCCCUCUGGUAGCACCGGGUGAUGAUCAGGUGCUCAUCAAGAAUAUCUACGCCGGUGUUAACGCCACUGAUGUCAACAUAACUGCUUCCAGAUAUGACCCAAACGCAGAGUUGCCUUUCGAUGUGGGACUAGAAGGUCUGGGUGUUAUCGAAGCAGUUGGCAAGAAUGUAACCACUCAUAAAGUAGGACAGAAUGUAAUGACAUUUGGUGUCAAUCCUCCCAGGGCUUAUUCAGAAUAUUUGUAUGUAAAACCAGAAGAAGUGAUACCAAUUCCGAGUCUUAAACCAGAAUUUCUUGGAUUAUUAAUCGCGGGUUUAACAGCAACUAUUGGAUUGGAUGAGUUGGGUCGCAUUCAAAAAGGAGAUAAA